AUGACAUCGUCGCCACUCCAAGAUCAUAUUAGUGUGCACAUUCGAGUGACUGGCGGUUGGACUAAAUCGCUGUUUGACUAUCUCUCGAGGAAACAAACAAACGAUGCUCUCGACUUGGAAGUCGGUGCCAAAGACAUUGAGAUCAACAUCGAUGGACCUUUUGGCUCUUCUUCGCAAUACGCACUCAAAGAGAAGCAGAUCAUUCUCGUUGGCGCUGGCAUUGGUGUUGCCCCGAUGGCAUCGCUUUUGCAGGAUAUCAAGCUGAAAAAGGAUUCUCUGAAGAACCGUGCCUCUGGCAACUACGGUGCGUCAAACGAAAAGGCGAUGGACAUUGGCAAUCUCGAGAAAGUACACUUCUUCUGGCUAAACAGAGAUCCCAAUUGCUUCCAGUGGUUCGAAGAGUUGCUGAUGGAAAUCGCGAGAACCGGAAACGAUACACCGAAAAUAUCGGUGCACACAUUCACCACCCAGUGUAUUCCAAAGAACGAUGCACGUACCUUUAUGCUCUGGAAUGGAUUGGAAAAGAUGUUCAAACAUCAGGGAUUGGAUCCAACCACCAACCUACCAUUCAAAACACAUUGGGGACGUCCGAAUUGGGACGCGAUAUUCGAUUACUAUUCAAAUAAAUACCCAGGUGAAAUAUUAGUAUAUAAUCAUUACCUUUAA